CCACUGGCCUAGCCUGGGUCCUGCACUAUUGGCCUUCGGCUGUGUUGGGCCUUGGGCUUGGAGCAGCAUCCUGGGCCUCCACUCACGGGGUGCCAGUCGCAAGGUUUCCCCGCCAAGUUGUGACAGUCGAAAAUGUCUUUGCCAAGUGUUGCUUAAGGGGACAGAAUCCAUCGCCGUCCCCACCCCUGGUGGAGAGCCGUCAGUCGGGGGCCUUCUAGCCGUUGGGACUUCACAGACAUCAAGUUGAUAUAAAUAAAGCUGGAACGCACUGUCUUGGGGGCUAUUGUUACUGUUACUGUUCAGUUCACCUGUUUCUUCUUUGAAUGAGAGAGACAAGACAAGCCAUGAGCUGCAAAGACCGACCAGCCUUUCCGGUGAAGAAGUUAAUCCAAGCCCGCCUGCCGUUCAAGCGCCUGAAUCUUGUCCCAAAGGAGAAGACUGACGGGUCAGAGGACAGGAGAAGCUUGGUGGGCGCGUCCAUGCAGGGCCCAGCCUGUGACUUAGAAACCUCUUUGGACAACUUGGAGAACGACUGUCAUACGGAUUCACGUGCAGACCUCGGAUCCAAACUCGUCAACGGGAAGGGUCCCUUAGAUAGCUUUACAGGAAGUGGAAUUCAGGCCGAGGUUGGACAGGACGCCGUCGUAAUCGACUUGACGGAGGACUCCAGUGACCAACUGGGCAGCACGGAGGAGCACGGCCAGCUGGAUUCGGAAGCCUGUCCCCCCAGGGAGGCUGUGAACGGCGUUGCGGAACCCGCUGGUCUGCAGGCCUUCUCGGACGCCACUGGAAGCGACGAGUGGCCGUGUCCUUCAGAGACUCUUUUAGGCCUUCCUUGUAAGACAGAGGAGGGGGAUGCUGGCUCUGGAGACACGGAGAGGCAUGGUGCCGCUCAGGGACGCUCACAUCAAGGCUGCCCCCAGCCCACAGGUGUCCUGAGAGCGCUCUCCGGAAAGGAACGAGGGGCUUGGCGUGAGGCCGGGGGCCUCUUGUUCAAAGGGAAGGUGCCCGUCGUGGUCUUGCAGGAUAUCUUGGCCGUGAGACCCCCCCCAGCCAAGUCCCCUCCCACGACACCCCUAGACAGAAGCACGACCUCAGAGAGUGAGGUGCUGGAAUCUUGCCCUGAAGAAGACUCCGUCCUCAGCCCGUCGUCCCUGAGCUCCCCCUCUCCCACCAGCUCGCCCGAAGGGCCGUCUACCGCGGAGAAGCAGCACAACAGUGCCAGCCCCGGCCUUGCCUGCACGCCGCUCCACCAGGUCACUAAGAGGACCGCCAAGGGCUCCACAGAGAAGAGCAAGCUGAAGCUGCAGAGAGAGGCGGAGCGUCAAGACAAGCAGCUGAAGCUCCGAGCCGAGAGGGAGGAGAAGGAGAAGCUGAAGGAGGAGGCCAAGCGGGCCAAGGAGGAGGCCAGGAGGAGGAAGGAGGAGGAGAAGGAGCUGAAGGAGAAGGAGAGACGGGAGAAGCGGGAGAAGGAUGAGAAGGAGAAGGCGGAGAAGCAGCGGCUCAAGGAGGAGCGGCGCAAGGAGCGGCAGGAGGCCCUGGGGGCGAAGCUGGAGGAGAAGAGGAAGAAGGAGGAGGAGAAGCGGUUACGAGAAGAGGAGAAGCGCAUUAAAGCAGAGAAGGCUGAGAUCACGAGGUUCUUUCAGAAGCCGCGGACGCCGCAGGCCCCCAAGACCCUGGCCGGCUCCUGUGGCAAGUUCGCCCCCUUCGAGAUCAAAGAGCACAUGGCUCUGGCCCCCCGGUGCCGGGCCGCCUUGGACCAGGACCUGUGCGGCCGGCUGGACCAGCUCCUGCAGCAGCAGAGCGGAGACUUCUCCUUCCUGCGAGACCUCAAGGGCCGGGCGCCCCUCAGCUCCGGGCCCACCAGCGUCUCCAGCCGGAGUGCGGACAUUUUCCACAGUGACGUCGUCAUCGUGGAGGGCGGCCAAGGGGACGGCGUCCCCGAGAGGAGGAAGUUCGGCAGGAUGAAGCUCUUACAGUUCUCCGAGAAUCACCGGCCCGCCUACUGGGGGACGUGGAAUAAGAAGACCACCGUCAUCCGCCCGAGGGACCCCUGGGCCCAAGACAAGAAGCUCCUCGACUACGAGGUGGACAGCGACGAGGAGUGGGAGGAGGAGGAGCCCGGGGAAUCCCUGUCCCACAGCGAAGGGGACGAUGACGACGACGCGGGGGAGGACGAGGACGAGGACGAUGGCUUCUUUGUGCCCCAUGGGUACCUGUCUGAGGACGAAGGUGUGACCGAGGAGUGCGCCGACCCCGAGAACCAGAAGGUGCGCCAGAAGCUGAAGGCCAAGGAGUGGGACGAGCUGCUGGCCAAGGGGAAGAGGUUCCGCGUCCUGCAGCCCGUGAAGAUCGGCUGCGUGUGGGCGGCCGACCGCGAGGGCUGUGCGGGCGCCGACUGGAAGGUGCUGCAGCAGUUCUCGGCCUGCCUGCUGGGCACCGCGCCCCCCCAGGAGGAGCCGUCGCCCAAGGCCUCUAGGAGGGAGAAGAGAGACCAGCACAUCCUGGCCCAGCUGCUGCCCCUGCUGCACGGCAACGUGAACGGGAGCAAGGUCAUCAUCCGGGAGUUCCAGGAGCACUGUCGCCGCGGGCUGCUGUGCAGGGACGCCACCGGCCCGCCCAGCCCCCCCCUGGCCCGCCCGCACCCGCCCCCCGCCCCCAUGCCCUCCAAGGCCAGGCUCAAGCGGAUCAUCUCCGAGAACUCGGUGUACGAGAAGAGGCCUGACUUCCGGAUGUGCUGGUACGUCCACCCGCAGGUGCUGAAGAGCUUCGACCAGGAGCACCUGCCCGUGCCCUGCCAGUGGGCCUACGUCACCACCGUGCCCUCCACCCCCCGCGAGGACGGCGGCCCCCUGCCCGUCCUCACCCCGGGGCCCGGCCAGACCACGCCCGUGUCGCUGAAGCGGAAGGCGGCGGGCAGCAUGUGCAUCACCCAGUUCAUGAAGAAGCGCAGGCAUGAGGGCCAGCUUGGUGCAGACACGGACGGCUUCCAGGCAGACACGGAGGAGGAGGAAGAGGAAGAGAGCGACUGUGUGGUCAUGGACAUCCCAGAUGUCGGGGAGGUCCAGGCGCCAUGCGGAACCUCUCCUGGAGCUGGGGGUGCCGUGCACAUGGACGCCAGCGAGGGCUCCCUGCCUGCCAGCCCGCUCCGCGCCUCCUGAAGGCGACCCAGCGAGUGUCCAGCCGGCUGUGCUGAAUGCGUUGGGUCUCCGACACGGGUCACUGACACGAGGGACCGCCAACUCCCGCAGAAAGAGCACUUUGUCGCGCCACACAGACCUCCCGGAGGUUUGGGAGGGUCUCCGGAGGGCGCCUGGUUAGUUGGCGUCUGUAAAGGGCCCCGAAGAGCCACGUGCUAAGCUGCCCUUUGAUGAAGCAUUACUGCAGUGCACGGCCGGGGGGCCUGCGGGCCGUGGCAGGGUGGGCUCAGAUGCUUGUAAAGGGACUUGGACCCCCAGGGGCGCCGGCCGGCCUCUGGACCCCACACGGACAUGUAUAAACUGUUCUCACCCCA